AUGGCGGCAAUUAUAACAUACACCGGCUACUUCUUCGCCUACUACGCCGCCCUCAUCAUGUUCUUCCACCUCCUCGGUCUAGUCAACUCCAAAGCCGCCUUCGGGGCGCGCUCACUGGCCAUGUACAUCUCGAUCCUCAUCGCCUCAGCAUACGGACUCGGCGCUGCUGUCUUUCUCUCCUUGAUAGGCAAGCGCGGUCUCUCACAAUGGGCGGUUGGGCGGUGCUUCAAGCUGUGCAUGUUGCUCGGCACAGGCGUCAAGUUUGACAUUGAAGACCCAAAGAACCACCUCGGCACCGUCCGUCCCGCCGUUUUCAUCGGUCCCCACCAGACCGAAGUCGACCUCUUGAUGCUGGGCACCAUGUUCCCACAGUACUGCAGCGUCACGGCCAAGACUCAGCUCAAGAAGAUCCCAUUCUUGGGCUGGUUCAUGACCCUGAGCGGCGCCGUCUUCAUCGACCGCAAAAACUCCAAGGAUGCGCGACAGGCGAUGCAGGGAGCCGGCGAGCAGAUCACCAAGAGGAAGCAGAGCGUGUACAUGUUCCCCGAGGGGACCCGGAGCUACACCAAGGAGCCCACCAUGCUCCCCUUCAAGAAGGGCGCCUUCCACUUGGCUGUCCAGGCGCAGGUGCCUAUUGUUCCAGUGGUUGUGGCCAACUACAGCCAUGUGUAUUCCCUCAAGGACAUGGUUUUCAAGUCGGGGAGCGUGCCGUGCAAGGUCCUCGAUCCCAUCCCCACAGCCGGUCUCACCACAGCCGACGUCGACGAACUCGCCCGCGAAACCCGUGAGGUCAUGCUCAGGGAGAUGAUUGCCCUGACGGAAAAGGCCCGCGGGAAGACGGUUCCUCUGACGGUCCCCGCCAAGCAACAAAACGGCGUCGUCAAGGUCAGCGGGACAGACAUGCGCGUUGCUGCGUAA